AUGUUCAUGCUAAGAAAGACAAAACCAACUCACAACGAUAGAGGUGAGAGAAUUGAUGGAGGAAGUGAUGAUAAUCGUUUCGGAAGUAAUAGAGGAGGGGGAAUUUCAUCAUGGAAAAGUUCCAACGGAGAUGAUUCUUAUGAUAGAAAUAAUAGGAACAACAACAAUAGAGGAGGAGGUAGAAGAUCAUAUAAUAACAAUGAUAGAUAUGACAAUAAUAGACAAUCAUCAUAUAACAAUGAUAGAUAUGAUAAUAAUAGACAAUCAUAUGAUAAAAACAACAGAUACAAUAACAAACAAGAUGAUAGAUAUAAUAACGAUAAAAACCAAGAAGACGAAACAAAUAACGAAGAUGAUCUUGUCACAUUCGGAACUGAACUUUCACAGUUGAAUAUUGCUGAAGUUUUUGAUAGUGAAGGAAAGAAUCAAAUUAGAACUGCAAGAAGUAUCUUGUCAUAUUUUAGAAGAAUUGAAUCUUUGAUGAAUAAGGAUGAUUUCCCAACUAACGAAGAUCGUAUUCAAUUUAUUACAAGUGUUUUCAAUUAUACUAUUGAAAUGAAGAAUUUAUUUGAAGGUACUGGUGAUGAACAAGAACAAAAGAAGAAGGGAAAUUAUGCAUUAAUUGUGUCUUUGAAUAAUCCUGUUAUUGCUAAAUGUCUUCAAACAAUGGUACCAUUAAGCUCUUCAGAGGAUUUGAGAGGAUUUUUGAAUGCUUGUUCGAAUCAUUUACAUAUCAUUAGUAAUGGUAGAUUUAGUUCAUUCUUAAUUCAAGAAGCUUUGAAAUAUGUUCCAGAAGUUGUUAAAGAAGAAUCACAUGUCGAAAAUUUAAUGCAAGAUGAUGAACUUGAUUCAAAGCCAACAAUGACUGAUAUUAUAAUUGAGGCCUAUAACUCAUCUAUUGAACCAAACUUGUUCGAUAUGAUUUUCCAUAAGAAUGCUUCAUUUGUUGUAAGACAAUUACCACUUUGUCUUGGAUAUAUUAAAUCCAAGAAGGAACUUGGAAAAACUCUUUUGGAUCUUAUGGUUGACAAGGUUAUUUCAUCAUGUCCUAUUGGUGAUAUUUUGAAUGAUAGUAUUGCUCUUGGAUUUUUAACAUCACUUAUGGAAAAUGUUUCAACAUUUAUGCAAAUGAUUGGUAAAACUGAUGCAAAACUUCUCUCUAAGAUUAUCAAAUAUGCUAUUGAACAAACAUCAGAUGAAGAAUUGACAAUUUCUUCUGAAACAAUUACCAAACUCUUAUCUAGUACACAACACAGUCGUAUUGUAGAAUUAAUUAUUAGUAUUGGAGAUGAAGGUAUUUUCUCAAAUAUUGUUGAAAAGAUUCUUGCACCUAAUGCUGAAAGCUUUGCCACAGAUAAGAAUAAGUGCUAUACAAUUGUUAAUGCAAUUGAAAGAGCAAAUAGAGAACAAUUUAUUUUACUUUUCAAUGCUUUGAGAGAUUCUAUCAAGAAGUGUUUCUCUGAGGGAAUUCUCAAUGUUAUUACUUGUUUGGCUAAGGGUUGUUUAAAGUUCAAUACUAAGGAACAAGAAUUGAUCCAACAAUUACUCAAAGGAUUGACAAAGGAUGGAGAAAAGACAAAUGAACAAGCCAUUGAAGAAUUACUCUAUUUGGAAGAUAAAACUACAUGCAAUAGACACGGUUGCAAUUUAUUAUCAACACUUUUCACAUUCCAAUCCAAGAAAAUGUUGAAUCCACUUUUGAAUAUUUUCAAAGAAAUGGACGAAGAAAAACUCUUUACAUUGUGUACCACAAAGGAAACUAGUAUGGUAAUUGAUUCACUUGUUCAAAUGAGUGAUGAGUUUAUCCAAAAGAUCAAACCAAAGCUUGUAGAUUUAUCUGUAAAUGUUUAUGGUGCAUUCGUUGUGGAAAAGGCCAUGCUUGAAUGCAAAGACAGUAAAUUGCACAUGGAAAUUGCAACAAUUUUGAAAGACGCAGAAACAAAGAUUAGAUCUAGUAAGCCAGGUUCUGUCCUUUGGAAUAAGACCAACUUGUCACAAUUCAAGAGUAAUCCAAAUGAUUGGUUACAAAGAAAGGAAGAACAAAGAAGUAAAAAGAAGAAGAAUGCCAAGAUGAUUCAAGAAAUGGCAAAUGUAAAUAUUGCCAACAGUUCCUCAAAGAAAAAGAAGCCAAAGAAGGAAAGACCACAAAAGAAAGAACAAGCUCCAUCUACCACUGAAAAUAUCGAGAAAACAGAAGCUGUAUCUACAAUUGAAACUGCUGAACCUGUAAAGAAGGAAAAGAAACAGAAAGAAAAACCAACAGAAGAGAAAACUGAAAAGAAAGAAAGUAAGAAGAAAUCUAAUGAGGAUCUCAGUCUAGACUUUUUGGAAGUAAUUGAUGAACCAAAGAAAGAUAAGAAGAGAAAGAAGGAAUCAGUUGACAUGUUAGAUUUUGUUGAUAACAUUUUAGAGUCAAGUCUCAAAAAGAAGAAAAAGUAA